ACAAUAAUCUCUGUCGUCGUUUUCGCGUAGAACAAUAUUUUAAGACGUUUUUUUAAUGAAAAAACAAAAAAAACUUCAAAGAUAUAGAAUAAUACGAUGUUUUCCGAACUAAUUAUUAUAAAGUAACAAUGCUUAUAAAGUUUCUAAGAAAAAUAAAAAACAAUAAUUAAUAAAAUGUCAACGAAAAAAUUGUUCGCUUCGUUAUCAAGUACGUUAUAUUUUGCUUAUCACCAGCAGCUGUUGCGUAGCCACUGAAAUUUAUGGGCACGUGCGUCGCGAACAUGUCCUUAUCAUUGUUGUUUUCAUUUAGUAUUAUGUUUCAUAAUAACAACUAUCAAACGCUGUAGUUAUUGCCUUUAUCGCAAACUAAUAGUUAUUAAUUAUAAUAGCAAUUAUUAUUGUUAUUUGACGUUUAUUUUAUAAUACGUACCGUGUGCCGCGAUUGUACGACGGAAACGGCGAUCGGACGAUACCGAAAAAAUUAUAAAAAAAAUAAAUUGAUUUACUAUGUUCAACUGUACUAUUAUUGAUAUUUUUCACUAACUAGAUAUUUGAUUAAUUAUGUUGUAGUACACUUCAUAUAAUAUUGUCUACCAUUCCAAGGUAUAUCCAAGUUCGUAAUGGAAAAAAAUUGAAGAAAAAAGUGAAUAAACCACCCACGCAAUGGAAACAGAGGACAACAGCAUGAUAACGUCGUUGAUGGAGCCUGACAGUCCUUCGUUAAAUUUAGUAAAUGUUCAUAGCACACAUAUGCAGCAACAAAAUGACAAUAACAAUGUAUUCCAUUAUCCUGUACCUCGACUACUGCCUCUUGGAUCUUAUGCUAUUGCUUCUUGUGUGUAUGUAUUGAUUGACGAAAAUAGAUCAAUGAGUGCAGAUAUGCGUGUGAUGUGGUUUCUGAAACGUCUAGGUACCAUACAGAUGGUAGAUGAAGAUUUAGUUGCUGAAUCACCAGAACAAUGUAAAAUCAUGUCAUUUAUACCUAGACAAGAAAUUCUAAUCAAAAACAGAUUUGAAAACUCUAUUUUUGUUAUGGACGCUCUUACUCGUGUUUAUUUUUUGACAGCAGUGUAUAAUAUGGUUUAUUGUUUGGAUAUGAGCCCAUCUAACUGUUCAGUGGACAUUCAAAGAGGUCAUGUAAUGCUUGACGAAAUGAUUCUAGCACUGAGCAGAAGUGUUGAAGGGUUUAUUAGGCCGUUUAUUGUGCCUGGAUCUAAUAAGAUUGUAUUUGAACCACAAGUAUAUGUCACAGUUAUAGUACAUACACCAUUUUAUACCUCAUUAGCUCAGCAGGUACUGGUACAAGGAUGGCUUAUCAACAACCGUAACUUUAAUGAAUUCAUUAAUACAGUUACAUUAGAAAUGAAUAAUCUAGAAAAUUCAUUAGCAAACACAAAAAUAAUUAUUCGUAAAGCUAAGAGUUUUGAUGAUGAAGAUGAAGAUAAUAGUACAUCAGGAAAUGAAGAAAAUAGUGCAUUUCCUAAAAAACAAACUCAAAAAUGUAGUAAUAAUAGUAUGAAUAUGAACAUUGACAUAAAUAAUAUAAGUCAUCGCAAUGUAACAAUUAAUGAUGAAAAUGUAUUGUCUGUUGGAAAUAAUAGUCCUGAUUCAGGUUUUAUCAACACUUUAAGAUAUGGCAUGUUAGCUGUUAGAUUAUUACCACGUACUAGUAUAUCAAAUUUGAUUGUUAUUACUGAUGGGAUGAUUACUUUGGCUGAUAUACAAGUUCUUGAUUCCGUUCUGAAUCAAUUAAGAUGUAUUGGAGUAGCAUGUUCAUUUUUACAUGUAUCUAGUCAGUUUCAUCCACAUUCAGGUCAUGGAAAUGUGCCAUAUGCAGAGCUGAUGCAGCUUAUAGCAACAGCCACUUCUGGUACUUAUCUAAACUCCUUUCCAAGAACAAUUCAUAAUUUAGCUGUUAACUAUUAUCAUGAUAAAUUUAUCAUGUGGUCAUUUAAAAGAGGAGAGGCUAGUAGGACUCCAAAUACAACAAAUCUUAGUUGUACCCCACCACGAAUUCGUCAUGGUGAAUGGACUGUAAGAAAUUCAAAUUUUUAUGGUAACAGACAAACGCAGUUAGUUUCUAAAAGACAACUAAGUGAUCAUGUCCAAGCGCAUCUUGAUAAUAUUGUGUGUUGCAGAAUGCGCGAAGGAUUUUUAAUCGAGGAUAUUCAAUUCAAAGAUGCAGGAAAUGCUCCAACUGUUCUUAAUAUGAACAGUACAAGCAAACUUCAAUUGAAAUUUAUUUUACCAUGGACUAAUCAUAUAUAUAUCGAAUAUGAUUUAACUAUGAAGUGGCCACCACCAAUCAUGACCAAAUCUCAGCCAGUUGUGGUUGAAGAAACACCAGAAGUAGAAAUACCAUUAUCUUCAACAACACAACCAUCUCAAGCACCAGUGCCAUCACAACCAGAUGGGCGCUUAAAUAUUAAUUAUACUAUUGUAGUCAAAGGUCCAUAUGAAUUUCUACACGAUAUUACAUGCGGGACAAAUAAAAAAUAUCUGCAACUAUCAAAGUUAUCUAGACAAUGUCAAUUCCAACUGUCAUCUUAUCGAUCAUCAUCUACUGCUGUAACUGCUGCUACAACUACCAUUACAAAAAAUACUAAUUUGUUACCUGAUACACCAUCUCCUCAAAGAAUAGUUACUUCAAAAUAUAGACAAGCUUUAAUAGCUCGAUUUUGGUCUACUAUGCAUUCAAUUGUACAAACCGAUUUACUAGUUAAACAUCUGGAAACAUAUUCUCCCAGUACAGGUCAUUUAAAUGAUUUUAAUAAUUGUAAUACAUCUAAUCAACAAAAUAAAAAUCAUGAUCGACAACAACCUGUAAAACAAGAAAGUCCAGUAUCUCCACAAAUUCAACAAACAGAAGAUUCUAGUAAAAGUCCAAAUAGUUCUAAUAACAUCAACUCUAAAGCAGACAUUGCAGUAAAUACUGGGACAAAAGAAGCGAAAUCAGUUAACUUUUCAGCAUCUGGAGUUCCAAACAGAAGUCCAUUGCGAAGUGGUAUGCCAUUAUUUUACCAUUUACCAACAAAUUCGAACACCUCAUUUUCUGUGAAGCAAAAUCAAGUGAAAUUAAAUGAUCAACAACAAAGCUAUACUGAUCAACAACAUCAACAAUUUGCUGAUUUUUGGAAACCUGUUUGUACAUUGGACCCUGAUUCACAAUGGCCUAAAUGGUUUUCUACUUACAGAAUUGGAGGUGGUGUAUUAUUAUUAAGACACGAUCGACCACUACCUCGAUGGUUACACAUGGCAAAUAUAAAUAAUGGUCGUUAUCAAACAUUAACUUGCAGGAAAGCAGCUGAAUCACUAUUUGCUUUAUUGAAGCAAUGGUGUACAUUUGUUUUGAUUGAUGAUCAUUCUUAUGUGAAAUGUUUAGACAAAAAUGAAACACACAAUGACAGCGUAUCAUUUUGCAUUGCACGAGUUUCAUUGCGGCCCCCAUCUUGCUGCUGUGUAGUGUUACAUUUAGCAUUUCAAAGUUGUGUUCCAGCUUCUAUUCAUAAUAAGAUAAUUGAUAGUUUAAAAAAAAGUAUUCAAUUAUUGGAUUCAACUACCGCAGUUAAACCAUUGUCAUCUGAUGAUAACAAACAACUAUUAGCUAACGAUAAUAAGAAAAAAAUUAAAAGAAAAAAAAAAAAAGAAAACAAUCGUUUGUUGGUAAAAAAAAAAUUGACCAGACCACAAAGAUACAUUUAUUUAUUGGAUAAACCAUUAGAAAAGAUUCUUAUUCGAUAUGAAAAGAUACCUUCAGAAUUUACCACAGUUAUAUUUCCUGAUGGUUCACAACCUUGCCCUGCUGUAAUGACAUUAAAUAGUGAAAAUAAGAAUGAUGCUUCUCAAGAGUCAUUAACGGGAAUAGAACCCAGCGCUGUUGCUACGACUACCACUCUUUCUCGUUAUUUGUAUCAUAGAAGGUGGAUCUGGAGUAGUGGUUGUAGUCAAUUUAGAAAUAAUGAUACACAAAAAUUACAAAUACAACUAGCACGUACUCUAUCAGUUUUGACUAAAAUACGAUUGAGAGAAGGAUUCAGAUUUGCUCAUUCAUCAGCUGGUAUCAUAAACAUGGUUUUACAAGUAGACAUGAUUGAAGGAUCACCAUAUUGUCCUAGUACACCAACAAGCCAUUGUGUCAUUCAAUAUGUUCUAUUUCCACCAAAUAUAUUACAAAAACAUCAUCCAAAAGACCAUGAUUAUCCAAAUAUCCUUAAUAUAUUUAAAAAAAAAAAAGAUAAUGAAAGAUCGUCAGCAUCUUCAACUGAAGAACAACAGUUUGAAAAACGUCAAAAAUCAGGAAAGGCUAAUGGUAGUAACUUCUGUUGCUCUCAAUAUUCUAUAGAUGAUGAUUACCAAUUGAUAACAGAAUGUUGGAUUGAGCCACAACAUGGAUCAGUAGUGGUUAAUAAAAAACAAAACAAUAAUUACAUGUCUGGAUUAAUGUAUGAACAAUUGGCAGAUGCGAUAUGUCAAGUUGAUUCCGAUUGUAUUGGAUCGCUAUAUACAUUUCAACAUAUGCAUCAAAUGUGCAUGGACCCAAAUAUUUCAGUUAAUAAUCUAGAUUUUGAUUAUUUUAAUCAAAACCAACAACAGAAUAAAACAAUUAUUAUUGAUGAUGGUCGCAUAUAUAAAUCACCAUUUACAUUUAGUUUAUUAAAUUUACUGCCAAAAUGCAGACAUUAUUCUUCUUUGACUUUUAGUCUUUUUACUGCGUCUGAAGAUACUGAUCCUGCCGAUUUAAAUACUAUAAGAAAUGAAAAAAAAUUGAACUAUAUGUUAGAGCGUUCAUUUUAUUUUCGAUUACGGACAAUCAAUCAUCGAUCUUUUGAUGUUAGUGACUCAAAUACAUCAAUAAAUAUGAAACAGAUGGUAUCAAAAGUGAAUGAUCAAGAUAUUGGUCAGUGUUUCGUAAAACGAAUUAACGACAGCCGUUUAAUUUUAACUGUUGCUCCUUCGUUAGUUGAAGAUAAAUGUAGUACUAUUGAAAGCUCUUCUCAGGAUAACCUCCAACCAUUAGGUCGUUCAAGAGCUAAUACAUGGCAUUAUACUAAGACUAAUGGCCAAUCAGUAUCAUCAUUGAGUGCACAGCUUCAAGAACAUUCUAUACAUUACUAUAGAACAAUGUCUGUGGGAUCUAAACCAUAUUAUAAAGACACUAAUGAUUUGCCUUGGGCUCAACUUAGACAUGAACGUAAUUUUUGUACUCCUGAUAUUAAAGAUACUCAGGACUGUUUCCAAACUGGUGUUGAUGAAGAUUUACAGGAUUAUCCAACAAAUAUGUUUGUUGAAGUUUAUGACUGUCGACAAGAAGAUAUAGAAAAUGUACUGAUGUCCGACAGUAAUACAUUUGAUCAAACCAUUAUUAAUGAAUACAUUGAUAAUAGUAGUUCUUGUAGUAGUACAACAACAAAUAGUGAUGAAGAUGAAGAGGAAAAUGUAUUAAUUUCGAGUAGAAAAAAAAUUGUUUUUGAUGAACCAGUAGAUCCAAUGUUAUUAGACAAAUAUUUAUAUAAAAUUCAAAUUGUCUAUGAUCGAAGCUUAGUAACUACUGUGUUUCAUGCUUUACAUCUGGGAUUAAAUGUUCAGUAUUUAGAUAUUCAGCGUGCAGUAGAUCGAUGCCAACAUCGUCUCAUUACGUUCGACAUAACUGAUUACCUUAAGGUUGUGUGCGAUCAUUUUAAAAAAAAUGCCAGUAGUUGUUCUAUUUGCCCUGCUGAUAAUAAAACUUUAAAAUCUCAUCAUGAUAUGAUACACACAACAUUCUCAUCAACACUAGAUCGUCACAUGCUGCGACCUGUUGCCAGUCAUCCUGAUUAUUAUUUCUAUGAUGUUGUGGACUAUUUAGAUUGUGAAGAUCAUGAAGAAAAUUAUUACACAAGAACCAGAUUAUCUAGUAAUGGAAAAAAAUUUCUGAACAAUAUGUUAAUGGGAGAAAAUUUAAAUAAAACACAUUUCGAUAUACACGAAAUAGAUGAACAAGACAUAUUCCCCUUAUUUGUACAUUUAGUAUGUACUGUUAAAACGAACACAAUGACAAAAAGUCAUUCGGUACGUUCGUUACCUACUUGUAUACUUGAGUUAAUGAAUCAAGAUGAUGACAGUCAAUCCACUAGAACCAUAGAUCUUGCUAAUUUGAAAGUAUCAUUAGAUGUGUAUUGUUUAAUGUUACCAAAUAAUGAUUAUGAUGAUGAUGAUGAUGUCAAUGAAGAUGGAAACGAUGAUAUAUUUAAUAAAAAGAAUAGUUCAGAGCAACUACAUUUUCCAAUUAUUAACAAUUCAACUACCCAAUCAAUGAAACAACCUGAAGAUUAUGAAAAUCCAUUUAUUUAUUUGAGUUCCUGUUUACCUCUUCGGCAUGCACAAGGAUUAGCCGCUUUUGUAGCUGAGGUAGAAUGGUGUAUGCGCGAUGAAAUGGCAGCUGGUCUUUUAAAGGAUCCAAUUGUAACACCAAAUACGUUAGAAAAAGUCAUUGAUCAUGUCUUAAAUUCUCCGUAUACUUCAUCAAACGAACAUCAACAAAUACCUGUUCAUAUCGUUGUACCAGGCCCUUCUAAGUAUAAUAGUAUUUCAAUAUUUUUACAGAAACUUGAUCAAAUGAAUAUAAUAUACAAUGAAGAUAAUGAAGAUGAUUGUGGAUUUUAUACUCUUGAAAAAUCUACAAACAAUACAUUUUAUGUUGUGGAAAAAAAUAUGCACCUUAAUCCUGAUAGUAUGACUUCGGACAAUAAGAAUACUGGAGUUACUGAUGAUUGUGAUUCAAAACCUUUAUCAACCAAUACAAAAAAUAGUCAAUCAAUGCUGCCAAAUUUUUGGAUAAUACUAAAAAUUCAAGGUGAACAGCAGUGCCAAAAAGAAAAUAAAUCUGAAAAUAACUACUUAGUCAACACAAUAACAGUAAACUUGUACUUCCAUUGCCGGUUUACGGAAUUAGAUAUUCAAGGAAGAUAUUCUGCAGUAAAGGAAAUUGUUGGACAAAAUAUACGUCAAGCUGCUAUAAUAGUUAAUCAAACUCUUUUACUUUGUCGUUUACAUGAUACAAGAAUUUGUGAUUCAUUAUUAGAGUCUGUUAAUGAAGAAGUAGUUCAUUCAGAUGAUGAUGAUAAUGGUAAUAGAGAAAUACCAAAAAUAACUAAGCAUUUUUCUAAUGGCCAAUUUAGAUGUCCUGUUGUGUGGUCUACCCGAUUUUCACUUCAUCCCAGGCUUCAACACUCUAUUUCUAUGCUUUUACUUGGUACACAAGUUUUACAUACUGUACUUGAUAAGUUUUCUGUUCGAAAUCGACGCAAUAUGUUUGUCUAUAAGGAAUCAACUGGUUCUGUAUUUUAUUUAAGACUGUAUGAAAAUUCUAGUCAACAACAACAAAAAAAUAACUUAGGGGACUCAUAUCAAUAUGAUUCAGAUGACGAAGAUUCUAUUUCAAGAUGUUCGUCAGCUACUUCAACAACAGCUACAGUUUCAUCAUUAGUAGUUCCUUCCAAUAAUUUAAACUUCUAUCGCAAAUAUUCUGAAGAAUUUAAUUAUUCAGACAGUAAAUCCAUUCAGACUCCUGGGACACGUUCUUUAGGAGGUUAUUGGGGCGAUACAGAUUCAAGAGAUGUUGAAGAUGUAACAUUAAAAGUUCAUGGUAUAUCACCUGCUGGCACCGAAAUUCGUAUUGACUUGGUUGAAGUAUUACAAAAUCGAUUAAAUGAUGCCGUAUUAGAGGUAUUGACAACUAUGUUGUAUAGAAAUCCAGUUUGUAGACUAUAUCCAGAUGAUGUUCGAUAUGUACAACCAUAUGAUGGUCCUCCUGAUUACACUAUGAAAUUAUCAUUGCCAGCUGAAACAAAAAUCAAUAAAUUGUUUAAUCACAAUUUGAAACGUAAUGCUGCAGCAUUAUUGUUAUACCCACCAAAAUAUGCUAGUCGUCAUCAUAGAUUUAACUAUGUAUAUGAUACAUCAGAUAAUCAAGAAAAACCUAUCAUCCGAUCGUUUUUUAUGUACAAUCAACCAAGUGCUGGAACAAGUGGUACAGGUGGAAUUCGUGUCACAAGUGGUAAUCGAGGUUUAGCAUGUGUAUUGUUCGAUAUUUAUUCGAACAAAGAUAAUAAUUCAAUGGAUACUUCAUAUGAUUAUCCUAUUAGCCUUGACUUAUUUAAAAGACGAAUACAAGCAACUCGUAUAGAUGAUGAUUUGAAAUCGGUUGUUGACCACAGUGGCUACAUUAAAUUGUUUGUGUGGCGUCGUGGUCGGGUCAACAUGGAAGCUCUUCAAAUUAAAUUGACCUCAGCUGUUACUAACUCUUUAUGGGACAUUUACAUUGAACGUUUUCUUUGGGAACAGCCCAUUAUAAUUGAACAACCUUCUAAAUCGUAUGUUAACCCAUUAUGUAUCCAAUAUUUAUCCAAAUGGAUAGCUUUUGGAGCACGCAUAUCAGUUCCACUGGCUCACCAUUCUCAAAUAUACUGUCGAAUACAUAUAAAUCAUGUGCUUAGAGAACUAAAAACCCAUUUAUCUUGGUUUGGAACAUCAACAUCAAAUAAUUUAACUAUAUCAAUUCGCUACUUCUACAUUCCUCGUACACAAUAUGGUCAAUCUCGAACUGGUGACAUCAGCAGCAAUAUAAUAAUUGGGUCUACUGAUCCACUGCAACUGGAACCAAAACCGAAUAAUGAUUUAAUGAAUAACUUAGUGUUUUACGAAUGGCAAAUAACAGACACUAAUACAAUCAUAUUUCCACCUGCAGCUGCUUGUGUUUUAAUAAUUGCAUCUGUAAUUUCUUUAAAAAGAAUUAAACAAAAACGGAAACAACAUAAUCAAAAUCGAAAUAAAGAUAACGAAUUAAGUGAUUCAGAUACAGAUAAUGGUUUUAUUGUACCAGAGGAUGAAGAAAACACAAAUAGUGAAGAAGAAAACACUAAUAUUUCAACUAACAAUGAUCAGACAAUAAGUUCAAGUUAUAAUACAACUGAUCAUAUUAAAAAAAAUGUCAUGGUUGAUAAUAAAAUAUAUCAAAAACAACAAAACAAGAACCUUUUCAAUAAUAAAAUUUCUAAAUUAUUAAUGUUGAGUGUGUCUGGUCAAUCAAUUCAUACAUUAUCAUAUAACUGUCAUAAUGAUAAUGAUCAAUCUAUUGCCAUUCACCGUUUAAGUCGCUGGUUAGAGUGGCGACAAACUGUUUUCACAUCAUCUAUUUAUCAAAUGAUGGGACUUAAAACAACUCAAUCAUAUGGUCAAUUUGGUGGUACCCGAGUUCAUAGCCAUUCUUCAAGAAUGAAUAAUAAUAUUGAUCUAUUAUUGGAUUUUAAGAGUUAUGUUUCUGCUGUUGGAGAUCAUGAUACAGUUAGGAACAAUAAAGUUACUUUUGAGAAAAACACUAGACUACCAAAUAACCGUACAAAACCUAUAGAUAAUAAUGAGACUGAUGAUAAAAAAACAAAAUCAAUUCAAUUUGGAAAAGAUGCUCAUGAUUUAUAUAUUGAACAGUUGGUGAGAAAUAGUAAACAACAACGUCGCAUAGAAAUACAUCAAAAAAUGUUAUAUGAUAUGUGGAUUCAAGAAGAUGCAACUAUUACAAAAGAAGCUUUUCGAGCAUUUUAUCACCAUAGCCGAUUACUUCAUUAUUGUCUUACACCAUUGCUGUUUCUGCCUAGAUGGCGUUUAGAAUCGGCUGCUACACGAGAACAUUUAGUUGAUGCAGCUAAAACAAGAAAUUUAACUUCUCCACCUCCACCACAAUGGCAUAAACGAUUAUGUAUACGAUUGACUAAUGCUUAUGCUCAUUACAUUGAGACAAAUAGUCUCUUUAGCGGUUUCCAAGUAAUUCAAGCUAGCAAACCACGUGCUUUUAAUGAAGGUGUAACAAUGGAAACAGAUUCCACUAAAUCCACUACUUGUUACUAUAAAAAAUCUGUACCCGGAGCUACUGGUGGAUUACUGCUUAUAGAAACUGGCGUGUGUCAACCAUAUUAUUAUGUUAAACUUUGUGGUGUUGAAAGAGCGAGGAUUACAAACCAACUUGAAUAUUAUGAAGAUAAACAUAAAUCACAGUUUUCACUCUUGGAUCAGUCAGAAAACAUUAUACAGAAUAUGCAUUUGCAUUCAUUUACUUAUGAUUUUCAUGUACGUGUACUAUCUGACAGACUUAGUAAAUUAGUUCAAAAACAAAAAACUGGCAAAAGAAAUAAUUAUGGACGUGAUCUUUCAUUGCUCUUAGAACAGAGAAGCUCUGUACAAAAUAGUGGAAAUAAAUCAGGAAAUAGUAGUAAAAAAAAUGCUAUUGCUGGAUUUCUUGAUGAUUUUUUGAAGUAUUAUCUUUUACCGCCUUUAUAUUCCAGUUGUUUAGUUUUAGCCGGUAUUAUCAAACGCACUCAAAUAUCUGUUACUGGCCUCCAACUGUAUGAAUAUUUAUUAGAAAAUUGUUCUGAAGAUUGUGAUGGAAUGGCUGUUAUAAAAAUUUGUGACAGUUCAUUAGUAGAUGGUGAUGAUGGAGCAUCACUAUUUGAUGAUGAUGAUGAUGAUGAUGAUGAUAAUCAAUUUUUAGUGAAUCAAAAUUCUUCAGGCAACGAUUUAACUGAUUUUAUUCUUGUUCAUCAUAUGGCUGGUAGUGAUAUACAACGAAGGCAAGAAUUGCAAAUGAAUUCAAAAUGCUAUAAAUCAGGAGCAGAAUCAAAUGACCUGUAUAUUGAUAGUCAAUAUGAAGUAUGUGGUCUUUAUGACGCAACACUGGUUAUGACAUUAUCGUCAGUAAAAAAGUUAUUAUUAGACACUAGUAAUGAAAUUAAUUUAUCAUAUUACGUGUUGUUGACAAAUAAUGAAAAUGAUAAAUUGGAGAAAAAAGAAAUAAUGAACUGUAAUUUGCAACAAAGACACAGCACGCCUAUCCGUCCAUCAGUUCAAGGAAUUGACCAAACUAUUAACCUAUUAUCUUCUAGUGUACCUAGUGAUAGCUUGGGUAAUGUCGAAGGAUCUUCUACUUGUUGGGGUAGUUUAGAUGAAAAUAAUACUACUAAUUGGUCUCAAACUCCUACUCAAUCAUCAAAUUUAAAGAAGAAAUUAAAAAAAAAUCAUGGCCGUAUCAAUGAUUUGAAUGAUCAUCAUCAGCAAAUGAUUAAGAAAACUAAUUUGAUAAAAUUUUAUGAAAAAAAAGCAGCAGAAUUAGUGGCACAUACCGUAGAUACAGCAGCCAACCGUUGUCGAAUUCAUUUAUUAUGGCAAACAUUUAGCUUACCGAUAGAUCAACAGAAACUUGGAUCCACAGGUGUUACAUUUGAUGAAUUAGAAGAACUAGUAAAUAAAUCUGGACUUGUGAAACCAUUGUCCGAAUACGACAAAAAAUUGGGCCCUUUAAUAGAAGAACUUUGUAAAGGACCUCAAUGGUUUACUUCAAUACAUAAAUUAAUUAUUGGUCAUACACCAAUAUCAACGUCCUCUACACAUUCACCUCGCUGUCAUAUUUAUAACAGUAAUAAAACAGAACAUCAAUAUCUAGUAGUUUUACCAAAUCUGUCUGAUAAUGUUGAGUUUAAUGCAUUCAUAAUAAUUGAUAAUGGAAUAGAUUUAAGUGAAAAUAUUGUUGCCUCGUCAGAUUCUUUAAUUAAUAUUGUAUUCAGGAGAAAUUUAAAUGGUUCUGAAGAGAUUAAUUCACUAGUUGAAUCAGUUGGAAAAGCUAUUUGCUAUCAUAUUUGGCGAUCAGUUGCAACAGCUACUGCUACAUUUACGGCAGCCAGAUCAACUACAUAGUCUCAUUUAUAAAUAUUUACUCAGAAUCAAAUAUUUGUUAAUAAAGAAACCAUAUGACUUAUCCAUACUAAAGGUUAAAUAAAUAUAACCUAAUAAAGCUGCCAUUUUAAUGAUAAAUAUAUUAUUAUCUAGUCUAGUCAUUUCAUUUUCCAAAUAUUUAAUCAUUCUAUCAUUAGUUCAUAAUACUUUAUGGAUUUAAAACAUGAUCACAUGUGAGUUUUAAUUAAUAAUUUUUACUAAUAUUAUUAUCAUAGUUUUAUAAAUUUUUAGUGUAGAUAAAUAAAAGUACCUAGACAGAUUGAAUAUUCAAAU